ACCAAAGUAGAUUAGGAAAAGCUGAAGAGUUUGUUAGUACGCGCUAAUCUCUGGAACUACUGGACCGAUUUGAAUAAUUCUUUUUGUGUUGGAUAGUGCAUUUAUUGAGGACGGCUAUAGGCUGUAAAACAUCACGCUUCGAUCAAUAGAAGUCCAGUGCGGGUGAACCCGUGUGGGUAGCUAGUUAAAUAUGAAAUCAAUAAUAUAUUUCAGUGGCAUCUUUUUUAUAUUUUUGUUUAGUUAUAAGGACGCCGAAGUAUCAUGCCAAGGACUUGUAAACUACCACAACGCACCAAUAGCAUACGCUGACAAUGGCAGUGAUGACGACAUAGGCCUCCUACUCACCGUGCUACUACUCGCGACGAGGAACAGAGGCAAUUGCUGCGGGUGUUGCAGUUGCGGCAACAAUAUACCCAUACCAUACCCCAUACCGAUACCCACAAACAACCCUAUCAUCACAACUAUGGCAAGAAGCAGCCCUAGUGGGGGAGGAGAACCGCAGGAUCCAGAAGAAAUCAACAUUACAACAGUGAACAACUCAGAAUCAGAAUCCGAAUCAAAGGCCACAGACAAAACUACAAACAAAAACAAAAACGAAAAUUAUGCAAGCUCCAUAGCAGCAUCAGGCUCACGUACCUCCUAGUUAAGCAAAUUAAUACUCUAAGUCUAUGUAUUUACGUCAUCAAUUUAAAAACGAUUAAUAAAACGUGAUGAGAAAGCGGUA